AUGGCAGAACCCCAGGGACCCUUGGAUGUAAUUCCAAAGGUUAACUAUCCACCACACUUAACUUUUUCCAAUUACCUCUCAACAACACAGAUGAUAGGACAAGUCUUAAGUGAAGACCAAGAAUAUGUAUCAUGGAAGAUUAAAAAUAUGAGAACUGGUGGAACGAUGAAUGAUUAUCUACACUCUUUUCAAGGAAGACAAGAUGAAGCUAAAGAACAUGGUAGGUUUGCGGUUGGCGAUUAUUACAAUGUAACAAAACCCGUCAGAUCCAAUAGAUCAUGGAAACGUUCAACACCUGGCAUCACCAAAAAAUCGAAGUCGAUUAACGAUGUACCGUCUAAUUUAAGAUUCCCAAGGGAGAUUUAUGAGGAAAAUCUGAAUAGCAUACCGAGACCAAGAGAAUUAGACCAAGAUGAACAGUUUAAAUUAUUGGUGACGAAUUUGGAUGAAGAACAGACUAAUAGAUUUGAAGUCUUCCACAGAACUGCGUUGAGUAAGACUCAAGUGAAGAAAAUAGCGGGAAUGGUGAUUAACCAAAGUGUCACUGAAAAUAUGCGUGUGUUUUUACAAGCGGUUGGCAAGAUAUACGCCGGAGAAAUCAUUGAAUUGGCGCUAGUCGUCAGAGAGAAAUGGUUUGUAUCAAGAAGUGUACUAGAAUUUAAUCGAAAGAAGAAAAUUGGCAAAAGGCUCAAGAAAUAUCUCAAGAAGUUGACCUUACUUGUAGAUAGUAAUCAUAACAAAGAGGAAUACAACGAUAGUGUAGAUGAAACAGCCAGCGAUUCCUACUACGAUGAUGAAGAAGACGAUAUGAAAGAUGUACAAGAAGGUAAUAAGUUAAUCAAGAGUGAUUCGAACGGUCAAGAUACGAGGUUGGCGCUGAUAUCCCACUAUAACAAACUUGUCAAAGAUUUUAACUCUAUUGACGUCAGCGUGGAAAAAUAUGCUAAAAGUCCUAUCUUACCGGAACAUAUCAGAGAAGCAUGGAGGUUACAUCAAAUACAAACUGAUGGAUUGCCUUACACACAGUGGAGAACCCAAGGUGAAGGAAACGGUUGUAUGUUCAGAUAA